AUGGUACAUGCCGGACGGCGCAGGGGCCCUGCCAGCGCCGCCGACCGCGUGACCGCCGCCGUCAGUCGUCGGCAGGCGGCGGCUCCACGAGCUCUGCCGUCACCAGGUUCUCUAUCCGCGGGCCUGCUGACUAAGAAGGCCCAGGAGGGGGCUCAGACGACGAUGGAGGCGACGCUGAUGGCGCAGCAGACGCCCGCGCAGCGCGACCAGCCGCCGUGCAGCCAGUGCUGCGUGCAGGCUGCUGCGUGCAAGCUGCUGUGUGCAAGCUGUGCAGCCGCAGCAGGUCCGAACGCUGCAGCCUCAGGCGGUGGCGGCGUGGUGGCAGCAGGGGCACCCAGCUGCUGCUGCUGCGUGCAAGCUGUGCAGCCGCAGCAGGUCCGCACGCUGCAGCCUCAGGCGGUGGCGGCGUGGUGGCAGCAGGGGCACCCCGGCUGGGCCAUCUAUCCUGUGGACAGCGAGCAGUUCCUUACCACGGGUGCCCUGGACAGCGUCAGCCUGCCGCUGCCCAGCGAUCCAGGCAUGGCAGGCCCGCCGCUGGCGCCGCCGCCGCCGAUGCCGGCGGCGGGCGCGGGCGCGCCCGGCUUUGCACCGCCGCCGCCGUCAGGCGCGGCGGCGGCGGGGGUGGGGGGGCCUGGCCUGCAGGGCCCCGCGCCCCCGCCCGCCUUCAACCCCACCCUGGCCUCGGUGUUUGGCGCGGGCGGGAUGAGCGGCAUGAGCCAGGACGCGCUGCUGAGAGCCAUGUCGCCCUUCCUGAACGGAGGGCCGAUGCCGCCCGGACUGGCGGGCAUGCACCCGCUCAUGCUUGGCGGCGGGCCCGGCGGCCUGCCCCCCGGGCUGGCGGGGCUGCCGCCGCACCUGCUGGGCGGCGGCGGGGGGCCCGCCAGGGAGAGCCCGCGGGCGCUGCCGGGCGGGCCGCCAUCCGCGUUUGCCUCGGCGGCGCAGGGCGGCGGCGGCGCGCCGGGCGGCCACGGCGGCAACGGCGGCGCCCCCACGGGCCCCACCCCCUUUGCCAACACCGGCAGCGCCCUGAUGCCGCCGCCGCCGCCCGUGAGCAAGUCUGGAGAGGGCGGCAGCGGCGGCGGCGGCGGGGGAGGAGGAGGAGGCUCCAUGCCGCCGCCUCCACCCGCCGCCGGCCCUUCCUUCAACCUGGCCAGCCUCAGCGGGCUGCUCGGCGGCGACCUGUCCCACCUGCCGCAGCUGGCGGGCCUCGCCAACUUCCCCAGCCUGCCUCCGGGCAUGAUGAGCGGCGACCUGGAGCAGCUGCUGACGCAGUCGUCGCUGCUGGGGCCGGAGGGGCUGCUGGCGGGGGCGGGGCGCGCCCCCUCCUUCAACAUCGGCACCAUGGGCAAGCUGGAAAGCUUCAACCUGCCUGAUGAGGCGCUGGCGGCAGCCAUCAUGCAGAUGGACCGAGGCGGCGGCGGCGGCGGCGGCGGCGGCCAGCUGGCCCGGGAGCAGUCCCAGCGCCAGCACUCGGCCGCCGUGUCAGCGGCGCUGGCGGCGGCCGCGGCCGUGUCUCGGCAGGAGGGCGGGCAGCAGGGCGGCGGCGGCG